UCAAACUAAGCGCGGACGACCUAGGAUCGUGGAUAGAAAUGAUCCGAUGGCACCCUGUCAACCAAGUUCAGGAGAAACACCAAUGCCAUUGCACGUGGUUACUGUGUCUCUAUCAGCCGAGACACAGCUUUUGACACCGAGUCAACUAUGAGCCGCCAGGACCGAUUCCGGGGGACUUGAACGUUGUACUGCCCCUACGAACAGACCACUAGAGUCGCAUGGCAGGCUUAGGGCCGAAGUCAACCAUGUGGAUCUCGACCACAAUCACUAUUGUUGCCAAACACGCCUUGUCGGCGCGACUACGGAGGACGCCAGGCUGCCUUCGUCAUCUCCGCCAGCCUAUACUUGAGUUUCUCUGGCCGCACACAACGGUCCCGACGGCACGGGGUCAAAGCUUUUUCGAAAUCCAUCUUCGCGACCAUGAUUACGCCUUCGGCCAAUCCGAUGAUACUGAUGCAGGGUGUUGGUCGAAGCCGAACGUCAUGCAAGAAAAAAGGAAGCCCGGUGUCAAUGACCGGGACUGUCCGCUAAACGCCUAUGACCUACUUUCACGACUGCAAGCUGCCGUUGAUAGCGCACUUUCCUGCCAAGGCAAAUCCUCUCCCUUUCUCAUAGGCUGUCUGUGGCGUUUCAUCCAAGCCCAUGGCGGACGGGUAGUUGCAGACUUGAUGCAUAGAAGGGGAGCAGGUCAGCGAGGCUUGGAAGGCGUCCUCCUCCGUUCACAACGCAAGACCUCGACUCACCAGGCUACACGGCGGCGCAGGUCAGUAGACUCUCCACUUCUUAGCUUGAAGAUAAUUAGUGCCUUGGAUCUAAGCCCGAAUCCCUCUGUUGUAUCAUCUCUGGACUAAAAGGAGAGGGAGAGAGAGAGAGAAACGUUGCCUGGGUUAUCUACUGACCUUGGCUUUAGGCCGCAAUGGCUGCUAGCAGCAGGCUGAAUGGGAUAGUGACAUGCCAUCCGGAUUGCAUCCUCGGACACGAUUACAAAGACUUGCUUGCCUGAAUAGCCCCAUGGAUUUGGACCAUUGAGAAGCUUGGCAGACAAAGUCGAGUCGUACGG